AUGAGUUCUCCAGAAUUACCUAAUCAAUGUAUCGAGACCAAAAAUGGAUUGGGAUUUAUUUCAUCAGUUUUUGUGCCUCUUCCGAAAGCGAUUUCAGUAAGAGAACCUUCACAUGAACACUCAAGAUCUUCGGAUCCAGAAGCUCACGGCAAACAUUUUUUUACGAUUAUUCAAAUGCUACAAAGAGAUCUGAAUCAACUGGAAUUUCUAUAUACGGAAAAGUCAAAAGGGUUGGAGGAAAUAAGUAGGGAGUACGCGAGAUUAGAAUGCUAUCAUUACGAAACUUUAGAGAUGGUUCAGGAAUUGAGAGAAGAGAUUAAAAAGCGUGAUAUAAGUUCAAGAUUAGAGGCGAAGAAUGAAUUGAGAAUCGAACAAUUGGAAAGGCAACUUGAACAAAAACAAAAUUUCAAGCACAUAUAUAAACGAUAA